AUGAUUCAGGCCAAGAUGACUGCGGCACGAGCCGCUUCCCUACGGUCUCAAGUACCAACUCUCAGAGCAUCAUCUCAACGGUUGUGUACACGUGCCGCAUCAUACUCUUCUGUCUCUGCGCAAUCACUUGCGCUCUCUAAGACCCACAGAGUAACCCUCAAAAUCCCCUCUCACCCCGUUACUCAAAUUGUCUCGCCGUUCGCCGCUCUCCCUUUGACUCGGUCCUUCCACGUCGCAACCUCCCUUUGGCAACAGCAACAACAGCAGAAGCAACAAGAGGAAAAGAAGGGCGAAGAUACCAAGUCUGAAUCACAGGGCGAGGAGUCUAAAGAGGAAGGAAAGGAAAAGAAGGAAGACAAGGCUCCACCGCCACCUCACGGAGACAAGUCUCCCUGGCAAGUCUUCCGCGAGACUCUGCAGAGCGAAUUCAAGGCCUCCAAGGAAUGGGAGGAGUCAACCAAGGCAUUGGCAUCCUCUGCCCACCAAUUCACCGAAAAUGAGAAUGUGAGACGUGCUCGUGCUGCUUAUGAGGCUGCUUCCACCGCCACAACCUCCAGAACCUCCACAGCCAUCAAGACUACUGGUCAGGUUAUUGGAAAGGGAGCUGCCUGGACAUGGAACACCUCUGUUGUGAAGGGCGUCCGCAAAGGUGUCAGCGCAACCGGAGAGGGGCUUGAGAAGGCCACGAGACCGGUUCGGGAGACUGAGGCAUACAAGAGCGUGAAGGAGGCCAUUGAUGACGGCAGCAGCUCCCGCUACGGUGGUUGGGUUGAAAAGGAAGAGCGUCGCAAGGAGCGCCAACGCCGCGAGGAAUUGGAUCGCAAGGCUGGAAAGUCCCAUGUCGUCGAGGAGAGAGUCGAAAACCCCGACGCCGGUACCAACGUCACCCUUCAUAAAGAUGCCGCCUGGAAGGACUCAUGGCGAGAAUUCAAGGACUCCAACCCCAUGAUGCAGAAGCUUUUUACCAUAAAGGAGUCAUACAACGAGUCCGAGAACCCCCUCAUUAGCACAGCACGCAGCAUUUCCGACCGCGUUGCCGGCUUCUUUGCGGAGAACGAGACCGCUAUGGUCAUCAAGAAGUUCCGUGAGAUCGACCCCAACUUCCAGAUGGAACCCUUCCUGCGAGAAAUGCGCGACUACAUGCUACCGGAAGUGCUCGACGCCUAUGUAAAGGGAGAUGUUGAGACCCUGAAGCUUUGGCUCUCCGAUGCUCAGUACCACGUCUACGCUGCUCUCGCUCAGCAAUACACAACCGCCGGUCUGAAGUCUGAUGGCCGGAUUCUGGAUAUCCGUGGCGUGGAUAUCUCCCACGCACGCAUUCUGGAUCCUGGUGACAUCCCCGUGUUUGUCGUCACCUGUCGUACACAAGAGAUUCAUGUUUAUCGCAAGGUCAAGACCGGGGAGCUUGCUGCCGGCACGGACGACAAAGUGCAGCUGGUCACAUACGCCAUUGGCUUGACUCGGAUUCCCGAGGAGGUCAACAACCCCGAAACUCGGGGAUGGAGACUGAUUGAGUUGCAGAAAGCUGCUCGUGAUUACAUCUAA